AGCUCAGAUCUCAGUCAAGACAACAACGCAACUCAAUCAAUCUGGCAUUCCUUCCCCUCCCAAAUACCCCUGCGACUCUGCGCCCGGGGCUCCACCUCUUUAUCUGGGGAACCAAUAACUAUGGUCAACUUGGCCUUGGAGAAAAUACUACCGAAUAUCCAAGACCAAAAAGACAUAUCUGGGCAGAGAGAAAGAUGUCGGAAGGUGCUUUCGGGCUUGAACCAGGUGCCGGGAUAGUCAGCAUUGCUGCAGGAGGAAUGCAUACCCUACUUCUUGAUGAGAAGGGAACGAUUUGGUCAGCUGGUGUGAAUGAUGAUGCAGCUCUUGGACGAAUUACAGAAGGCGUACAAAACCCCGAACAUCCAGGGUCUUAUCUGGAUAAGGAUGAAUUGUCAUCCAACUUUCAUCCAGUACAGGCGCUUAUAGAUGAAGGUUUCCGUGCAGUGCGAGUCGUCGCCGGAGAUAAUGUCAGUGCUGCAGUUAGUGAUCGAGGGGAGCUUCGAAUAUGGGGAACGUUCCGCGAUCACGAAGGCCAAAAUCUCUUCGCGAAUAAGACGUCCCGUCAAUUCCUUCCCGUUCCAAUCUUAAACUUCACUCGGAAAGUCGCAGGAGUGAUCGAAAAAGUCACCUCCAUCGCAUGCGGCGAUAACCACAUCGUAGUCCUAACAACUCAUGGCAAUGUCUACACCUGGGGUAUGAGUGAAGAUGGUCGACUUGGCCGUCGAGUUCUUGCUAGACAUAAAGUCGACGCUACCGUACCUCAAAAGGUCGUUCUGGGACGCCGUAAUCGCAAGGCUGUAUACGUGAGCGCUGGACAAAACACGUCCUUUGCUAUAGACACUACCGGCGGAGUUUGGUCAUGGGGAUUGAAUAGUAUGGGUCAUACAGGGACUGGAGAGCCGCUGAAAGAGCGCGACCUGAGUGUUGAUCAGCCUGCGAAGGUUAUCAGCUUGAACUUUGAAGAAUUGGGACAGUUAGAUCGUGUGGUUUCAAUAGCGGGAGGGGAACACCAUACACUGUUCCUCACAUCCCAAGGAAAAGUAUAUGCAUGUGGACGAUGUGAUGAUGGUCAACUGGGACUUGCCGACGAUCACGAAGCAUUGAGAGGAGAGGAUGGUUGUCAUGGAAGAGGAUUUGUCACAGAGCCUGUUCUUGUCGACUUUCCUGAUGGAUCCGUCAAUGAUCCAAUUGUUCAUAUUGCUGCAGGACCUCGAUAUAACAUGGCCACAACUCAAGAUGGUGUACUAUUUUCCUGGGGGUUUGGGCCUCAAGGAGAGCUUGGUCUGGGUAACGGAAUGGAGCCUGAGUUUGUGCCGAAGAUGGUAACCCGCCGUGAAGGUUCGUGGUCAGUGAAACAUGUUUCUUGUGGGGGUCAGCAUGUCAUAGGAUUGUUUCAAAAACGAAAUUGAGCAAUUGCUGAUUCCUCCUCUCCUCGUUCAUGAAAGUGUUGACCAGGUGGGUAGCGUGUGGAGGAGAAUUUUGAGUGUGGCCAAAAUGCAAUUCUAUUACGUG